AUGCUUGCUGGGUUGCAAGCUGCUUGUUGGCAGCCAUUCACACCAGCUGCUACAAAUGGUGGAAGUGUCCAAGUGAACCAGCAACCAAAAAUUCUUUACUCGCAACUUCUACGCGGCACCGAAGAAAUGUUUCAUGAAGAGGGAGCAGCAUGCCAGGAGUUACGGAAUCAGAUUCGGCAAAUUGAAGAGCGCAAUAAUGAGCUUCCAAAAAUGAUCCAAGAGUGCCAGGCAGCUGUUGCACAUGCAAUGAAAUCGGCAACAGGGCGACGAAAAAGCUUACGUACUUGGGCAUGCAACGACCUCCGCGCUGGUUUGAACGACCUCACCACACGCCACAGCGAACUAAAGCGGCAAAUGUCUGUUGCAACUUCCGAAGCGAAAAGGGAAGAGCAGGCCAACAAACAACGAGUGAAGCGACUUGAAGAUCUUCGAACAUUAUCAACUGCCUCGUCACUGCUUCCAGCGAGUCGAGUGGGCUCUAAAACAUCCACGCAACAGCAGCUUGCACGGCUCACAAUGGCGCUAGCGAGGCAUCAAGUUCUUCAAGAAACGCACAGAGAACGUAAGGCCUUAUUGCGAGCUCGAACAGAAGCUAUCUUUGACGUACGGAAUCAAUUACGUGGGCUGAAUAAUCAACGUGUCACGGUGGAGAAAGAAUUGAACGAUCUCGAAGAAGAAGCAGCAAACAUGAAACGUGCCUUCACUCCUCGUCCAGAGUGGAGUGAGUUGCACGAUGCCACAGUUGUCACUACUGCCGUGGAUCGAGUUGACUUAUCGGCACGAAUACGCAUGGGGGCAACUCGUAACAAAUUAUCAGGUGCCAAAGGCGCGGAUCUGGAUGAAGAUCGAGCAAGUGAGCAGCGGAUAAUGCAAAUCCUGGCGAGCAACUGGAGAACAGUGGAGAAGGUUGGGGCCAUGGCAACAGAACUGGCAAAAAUCCGAUCACGUGAUCACGCGGGUGACACAAUUUUGGCGGAGCAGAAAAAACUCAAGCAUUUGCAUAAAGAGAUUGCACGUUUGAUGCAACAAUUGGAAGCUGUUAAGGCUCAAUCUGCAACCUAG